AUGACCGCGCCAUCUAACAAACAACCCCUCGGUUCGCAAUCUGGCACGCUGCCAACCGCGACUGCCACGGCAAGGCUCGAAAAGAGCCACCCCGGAGUCCGCCGCUCCACCCCAGAUUCAGAAGCACUUGCCUCCUCUGACGAUGACGGAGACCACACGUUAUCACAUCCUAUCACAGCACCCCAUAUCAAACCAGUGCGCCGGACAUCAUGGUUGAACGAGGUCCCCAUUUCAGUGCAAAGGAAGCACUCCUUGCCUGGAGGUCCCCUCUCUUCUGCUCCCUCUAACCCCGCAAGCCCUGCAACUGACCAACCGCCAUGGGUUACGAACCCAAGUCCGGGCCUAAGUGGAUCAUUCAAUUGGAACCAAUCUGGUAACAGCUCGUUCCCUUGGGGAUCAGGCAUAUGGAAUUCAGAGUCCCGCAAGGAGCCUCCGUCGCGUCUGUCCGAGAUGGUACCCUCUCCGACCAUGACCAAUCCUCCGCAGUCUGCUGGUCCCAUGGGAGAUGAAAUGCUCAGCCCUAUCACUCGUACUAUCUCUGGCGAAUCGGCCAUUCCUUUCUCUAUCCCAUUGCAUCCUACUCCCAAGACUUAUCGCUCUCAAUCAUACUCCGUCGGGCAAAUGGACCCUGAAUAUCUGGGGACGAUGGCGAAGGCAGGAGGCGGUGCGCAAUACCCCAGCGGUCGUUCUCGAGGCCCCGGACAAACAUCUGCCGUCCAGCAGCGUGGACAGCGACCAAGCGUACUCGGCGAACUGGGACAUGAUCCCGCCAUGCUUGGUCGUGUUCGCGAAGACGAUGAUGGAGAUGAGAGCCUGAACGGUUCCGAGGGAGAUAUGAGCUACUCCGCCAGUCAGGCCCGACAAAUCGAGAAACUGGCGCGCGAAAAUGCCAUACUGCGUCAAGCUGCGGCCGCGGGCCAACUCGACAAUCGGUACCGUGAUCGUGCUUCUUCUUCCGCCUCAAACACCGGGAUUCAUUCAGUCCAUCGGAUCCAAGGUGGUGUUCCAGAAGAUGAGAUAGCCCCCGAUGACCUUGGAGAAUUGCGCGAUGUGCACUCGUACAAUGUGCUUGGCCAUUCUAAUACUAGACGUCGAUUCUCGGAACAUUCAGCAAACAUCGAUCCGCAGUUCUCAUCAUUUGCACCUCCCUUGGAGAAUCGGGCACUAGAAAGUGUUCGCAAGGCCCAUUGGCAAACAACGCUUGGUUUUGGAGGCACUGGUGAUAUGUCGCAAAGCCGUCGUCAUUCGUUUGCUGAUAUUCCAAUGCGCCAUGACUCCGUGAGCUCAGUUGACUCCCACAACACUGCAACACCUCGUCCUGGACUUGCAGACCGCCAUGACGGUUAUGGGAAUGUCAAUGAGUUUGGAAAUCCCAUGCAGUCCCAAUACUACACUCAUGAUCAGACAUUACGCGGCGAUGGCUCUUCUGGUCUUCCCACUGCUCUCAACCAAUACGCAAUGGCUGGAGCCUACGGUCGUCAACCUCCAGCACUAUCCCAUGCUCAUCAAAACCAGCUUUUGUACAUUGUCACAUUCAAGUGUCACCGUGCAGACGUCUUCUACAUUCAAGAAGAUACCGGUUUACAAGUUAAGACUGGAGAUUUAGUGAUUGUAGAGGCAGACCGAGGAACGGAUCUGGGAACAGUCGUGCACGCGAAUGUUUCGCUCCAGAAAGCCCGCGAGCUGAAGCAACAGUACGCCGAGGAACAUUACAAGUGGCUUAUGAUGUUUUCUCGUCAAGGUCAGCUCGAAGGCGCUAAUGUGGCUAGCCCGGGUCUGAAUACCCGGAGUGCCACAGGCGGAAUGGGGCCCCACGCGCAUGGCGUCCAAGAGACAUCCGCCGAUAUCAAGCCCAAGCUUAUCAAACGUCUCGCCCAAAAUCAUGAGAUCCUGACCUUGCGUGACAAGGAAGGUAAUGAAGCUAAAGCUAAACGUGUCUGCCAGCAGAAGGUUGUUGAGCACAGACUAAAUAUGGAAAUACUCGAUGCCGAGUUUCAGAUGGACUGGAAGAAACUUACUUUCUACUACUUCGCUGAUUCUUAUAUCAAUUUCAAUUCCCUGGUCACCGAUCUCUUCAAGAUCUACAAGACCAGAAUCUGGAUGUCUGCCAUUAACCCCGCUUCAUUCGUGACCCCGCCAGGUGCUGGUCUCCCUGGACCAGGUGGAAUGGCCAACCCCCUAUACAAUCAAGAUCCCCCUCAUUCGGAUCGACGUCACCAGCAGGAGCGAGGAUACGGGGCCCGAGACCUUGAUACAGGCCGGGAUAUUCCAAACCCCGUCGGCGUCCUCCAGAAUGCAUUCACCGACUCUUAUCAACCAUUUGGUCAACCCUCCCGUCAGGAUAGCGGCCAACCCGACCCAUUUGCCCCAUACUCGCCUACGAGCUAUGGUCCCUUGGAGACGGGAUUUUCCGACUAUCCCCCGGGAAGUUCUCCUAAUGCCCGUGUGCACCCAGGACAGAGUGAAUGGGCCAGCCGCUUCCAAGGCCUGUCGCUCAACUCCUAA